GUAAAAACACAACACAACAGAAGUGCUAAUAAAAAGGUAGUACGUCCCUAUAAGACAAAAUCAGACAGAUCCAGCAAAGAAGCAUUCAGUCUCACUUCUCCCUUUCAUUAAAGGUUUAGCCCUGUGACACGAUUCCCAUCCGCUAAUUCUGAAGGACAGAGUUCUGACACCGUGCUUCUCUGUGUACUCUGUCCACAAACCUUGAAUCAGAUAGUCUAACGCUUGCUGAUGUGUUGCAAUUGUCCACAAUAUGCAUCACAUAUUCUACAGGAGAGCAGAUCAGCUGUUCCUUGCAUCUACACAGAAUGCUUAGAAAUCCUCCUGUUUGGACAGCAACGUCCACAAUUCACGAACCAAUUUUUGUGGUUAACCUUAGCCUUGGACCUGAAGAAGAAGAGAGGAACACCCUUAAACACCAGCCAUGUUCCGGUUCAGCUGAGCUCCAGCCCACUGCCCCAUGGGGAGCCCCACGCCUGGCGCACUCCUGCUCCCCACCGCUUUCUUGCUCGGCCUCUUGCCUGCUGCACCCAGGAGUCAUCACCUGCCGCUCGCCCGCCUGCAGAUCCUCACCAACAUUGUAAGGAACUUUAUGUGGGGCACAAAUGUGGCAGUGUGAGGUUGCGGGUGGAUGGAAGGAAACGGAUGCCCUGUCACUGUGGUGCAGGGGAACAUGCAAGCCUUCUUAUUUGUGCUUGGGAUAGAGCAGUGGAUGGUGCUCUGUCCAGACAUCGAUGCCAGCGGAAGCUACAGGAAAGCCCUUCUCUUCCUCUGUCCUCUCUUGCUCUGAGCAUCAUUCAACAGAGCCAACGGCCUGAAAGCCAGGGGUGUGUUCAUGUCCACUUGGCCCUGAAUGCUACAGGCAUCAGAGGACUGGAACUGAAUUUUCUGGUCCUGAGUUCUAAUCGCUUUGGUUGGCUGAGGAUCUUGAAGAGGAGGAAGCACCAGACAUACGCAGGGAACUUGUGGCAGAUUGAGUUUGACUGUUUCCCAGCAGAGAGUGGACAGAAGGUGUUUGUCUCUCUGGAUACCAUUCCUCCUGGGGUGCUGAGUAUCAACCAAACCAUUGCAGUCACUAGCAAGCAAUCAGGAACACACAAUGAAAGCAGUCCCGACAGAUGA